AUGCAUAUAGCAUCUAGAAAUUCCAUUAAAUUAUUUAUAAGAUUUCCAAAUUUUCUAACACCUAUCCCAACAAUUACAAGAUCAUUUCAUAACUCUACUUAUAAAAUGACAUCAAUAAAUGAUUUAAGUGAAAAUCAAUGGAAACCACAAGAUGCUAUACCUCAAUUUGUUAAAGAUUUAAUUACUCCAGAUUUAAAAUCAUCAAAACCUAUAAAUCAUUUAAUUGCAUUUUUACAAAUUAUAUCAUCAUUAAAAUUCCAAAAAAGAACAGGAUGGAUGGAUCAUGGUAUACCUAAGUUUGAAACAGAAUCAAUUGCUGAUCAUAUGUAUAGAAUGUCUAUAUUAUCAAUGAUUGUUCCACCAUCAACAGUAAAUAAAGAUAAAUGUGUUAAAAUUGCAAUAAUUCAUGAUAUAGCAGAAUGUUUAGUAGGAGAUAUAACCCCAUUUGCAGGAAUAAAUAAAAAUGAAAAACAUCGUAGAGAAAAAGAUACUAUAGAAUAUUUAAAAACUAUAAUAGAACCAUAUAAUUCUGAAUUUGCAAAAGAAAUGGUUGAAUUAUGGUUUGAUUAUGAAGAAAUUAGAAAUAUUGAAGCAAGAUAUGUAAAAGAUAUUGAUAAAUUUGAAAUGAUUCAAACUGCUUAUGAUUAUGAAUUAAAAUUUGGUAUAACUUAUGAUUUAGAACAAUUUUAUACUGCUAAAAGUGCUAUAAAAACGAAAGAGGUUAAAGAAUUAUGUGAUGCUGUUUUAGAGAAAAGGCAAAAAUUGAUAGAAGGUUUGAAAAAGGAAAAAAAAUGA